CGGUUCCCUGGGAGAACCCAGGCUCCAGGAGACCUCGCCGAGCUAUCUCAAUUGGCGCCAACAUUCUUUUUUGUUCCCUUAUCACCUCCUGCCGCGUUUGAGUUGGGGCCGAUGGCGGCGACAGAGAAAACGGGCAGCAGCAGCACGCGAGCGCUGCGAGGCGCGUCCCUGCUGAUCGUGCUGCAAGUGGUCUCGCGCGCCAUCACUUUUGUGGCCAACCAGGUGCUGCUGCGAUUUCUGACUGCCCAGCUUCUGGGGGUGUCGACGCAGCUCGAAGUCUACUACCUGUCCGUCAUCUUCUUUGCCCGGGAGAGCCUGAGGGUUGCCAUCCAGAGACAGGACCUGACAGGCCUCCCGGACAAGAAGGACAACAAACAGAAUGGCCAUGUCAACCAAUCUGCCCAGGCCGUAGUCAACCUGGGCUAUCUCGCCCUUGCCCUGGGCGUUCCGCUCGCAUUUCUCUUUGGGUGGCUCUAUCUCGACUCUCUGAGCGCAAGCACCCUGCUAUCCGCGCCCAACUUGGUCGUUUCCCUCUACAUCUACGCCGUCGCCGCUGUCCUGGAGCUCGCCUCGGAACCCGCCUUCGUCGUGAUGCAGACUCGACUGCAGUUCGGCACUCGUGCAGCUGGCGAAUCGGUUGCCACGUUUCUGCGCUGCAUAGUCACGCUCGGAACAGCAGCCUGGGGAGCCGGUCGCGAUCUGGGCGUCCUGCCGUUUGCCCUGGGCCAGUUGAGCUACGGGCUUGGGCUGCUCGCAGUCUACACCUGGCACGGGGCCGCGCUGGCAAGGAGGGAAGGCUUCUCCCUUCUUCCUCUCCGCAUCACCGCUCCUUAUAGCACGACAGCACCACCUCAACAACCAUCGGGCAAAUCCGUCUUCGUCCUCUCCUACUUCUACCGCCCUACCCUGCAGCUCGCCUCCAGCAUGAUGGCCCAGAGCGUGGUGAAGCACAUACUCACCCAGGGUGACACGUUCCUCGUCAGCAUCUUGUCCACGCCCACGGCCCAGGGGGUGUAUGCCCUCGCCAACAACUACGGCGGCCUUGUCGCCCGCCUGGUCUUCCAGCCCAUCGAGGAAAGCAGUCGCAGCUACUUCAGCCGCCUUCUCGCCCCUUCCGAUGCUGCUGCUGCCGCUGCUGCCGCUGCCGCCGCCGCCGCCACAGAAGCGUCCCCAGCAAGACAGUCUUCUCCGGAAGCCAGAUCGAAACCCCAAUCCGAGACCGAGACCGAGCCAGCAGCGGAAGCAGCGGAAGCAGCAGCAGCAGCACGGGGGGCAGUCUCUCGGGCCAAAACAGCUCUCCAGUCCCUCCUCAAAUCCUACCUCCUCCUCUCCCUCGUCGUCACGGCCCUCGGCCCGACCGCCGCCGGCCCCCUGCUCUCCCUCGUCGCCGGCCGCCGCUGGGCCGGCUCCGGCGCGGGCGCCUGCCUGGCCGCCUACGCGUGGUACGUCCCGCUGCUGGCCAUCAACGGCGUGGCCGAGGCCUUUGUGGCCUCGGUCGCGACCGAGGCCGAGGUCCACCGGCAGAGCGCAUGGAUGGCCGCCUUCUCAGUCGCCUUCGCCGCCGCCGGCUUCGUCUUCCUGCGGCUACUGGGCUGGGGCGCCGUGGGGCUGGUCGUUGCCAACGGCAUCAACAUGGCCUGCCGCAUCGCCUGGUGUGCCGUUUUCAUAAGCCGAUAUUUCGCCGCGAAGGGGCACCGCUUCGACCUGCUCGACGUCAUGCCCUCGCCCGCGUCCGUGCUGGCGGGCGCGGUUGCCUCUCAGGUCGUCCGGAAGCUCGUUCGCUCGGCAGCAUCAGAGGAGGAGGUCCCACUUGGCGUGAAGGAGGCCGUGAUGGACCUGGUCAGAGUCGCCUCGGUUGCCCUGCCGUUUGUUCUUGUCGUUGCCGUGUCCGAACGGCGGUUCUUGUACGGCGUGUUCCAGGCUCUUCGGGGAACCCGAGGGGCUCCAUGAGAAGAAGUGUAUGUAUUGUACAUGGAAUCCCUUGAACUCGCAGGGAUUUCAGAGGCAUAAACUCAGUUCACGAAAAUGAUCACGUUCCACAAAAGCUGUACCCAACACUUACAU